AUGCCUCCCAGCGUGAACUAUGUCCGACCGACCCGCUCCGAAGACUGGGAGCCUUACCGGGCCGUCUUUGAGGAGCUGUACAAGACGCAAAAGUUGAAGGACGUCAUGGACACGAUGGAGAGGGCAGAUGGCACUUUCGUGAUAGCCAAUAAGGAUGUGAUAGCAGAUGGCAUGUUCGAACAGGAAAUGGGUUGCAAAUGGUUCGCCCAGAACAAGGCGAUUACGCCCCCGGUACAUGGAUUCACGCGGAUUGCCGCGACUCCUAGGAAACCGGCGAAGAAUGUCUGGCGCAGCCACGUAUGGCCCUACUUUCACCCCGUUGAGUAA